AUGAAGACGUACACAGUAGUCGGCAAUAAAAAGAAAGUGACCAUGGAAGUCAAUGGUGGCCGUUUAAAAAUAGUUGGAAACAGCUGUGUGGUCAGAGUGUCGAAUAAUCAAGGAAAUAUAGAAGUGAUUGGCAAUGACAGCCGCGUCGAAGUGGCUGACAACUAUGGUGCUAUAAACUUAGUUGGCAAUAAUGGACUCGUGACCGUCGACAAACGUUGGAAAGGCGAUAGUGUACAGAUAAUUGGUUCUCACGGUCAUAUUAUCGUUAAAGGAAAGGAGAAAAGGCCUCAGUCUUUCGAAUCUCAGCUGUCACCCUUCAGCAAGGAAUUGGAUGACGUCAUCGAGAGCAUCUUCACGUUUGUGAUACGUUGAAAGAAACAAAUGGAUAUCUUGGUAUUUUGUGUCUGUGACAAGAACUGUUCUUCAACCACACCGAGAGUUUUUAGAAAAAUGGAGGAAGAAACUUUGUUUUAAUUCAUAAAGGAUUUUUUUUAAAUUGGGUUACUGUCCCUGGAGUAAAUUACGGUACUAUGGUACUCGUAGUGCAGGGAAUUCCUUUGUUUGAGAUCAGGUAACCGGUGUCAUUGAUUGGCACUUUUUUAAUAACGUUAUUUGUUAACAUUAUUAUACAUAAUUGGUAGGUAUUGUAAAAGGCACGUCGUUAUGUUCCCGAAGGUUUGGCCAUAGGUACGUGUAGGUGGUUGUUUUAUAGAAAUCAAAUAUUUCUGUUUUUUUUGUGUUAAUAAAAAAGAAAUAAAUACUUUGAAUAUUUUAUUUCUCGCAUUAGCCAAGUUAUUCCCCGAAUGAUGUUGAAUGAUGGCGGCCUCCAAUUGCUGUUGUUUUUAUGUUGAACAAAAAAUAAGUUGAUUUUCUAUUGCAACGGUUUACCUUUAUCUAAUGAUGGCUAAGACAUUGAACUCGUUAAAAGAUUUUUUUGAAAUAAAAUAUUUCAAAUAAGAUAGAAGAGAGAAAAGAGAGUUAUAUUUUUUAACUGACUUCAAAAAAAGGAGUGGGUUCUCAAUUGACCUGCGUUUUCUUUGUGUAUAUUACUCGAUUACACCGAUAUUAAAUUUGUGAAUCGACUUCGAUGUUUCUUUUUUUUUGUUGGAAAGGAGGUACAUACUUCGAUAGUGGUCCUAUUCAAAAUUGAAGAUUAUAAAUUGAAGAAAUUGUUGUGCCUCUAAAGGGGGCACAUCAGGGGAUGAAUCCUAUUUAUUGAAUUUCACUCAUUAUCCGCUUACCGAUUUCAAUAAAAUAGAUGUAAAGGUGUAAUGGCAAAUAUAUGUAAUUCUACAAGCUUUUAAAGUCGGCUUUUUAAU